GGUCUAGUAACAGAAGAAAAAAAUAACAUCAUUUCGUGGCCGCUUGGUAUAAAACAGCAAUUUGGUCGUCGAAAAGCACACUCGGUCACAACACUCGUCUCAGUAAACAUCUAAAUUAUCGUACCCUGUUUUAAGUAUAAUGAACAACUUUGCCGUGUUUUUGGCCUUUGCCUUGGCCACUGUCGCUGUUGCGGAGCCACCAUCUGGUUACAACUAUAACCGGCCAUCUUCCGGAGGCGGUGGCGGUGGAUACUCCGGAGGUGGUGGUUAUUCCGGAGGUGGUGGCUACUCCGGUGGCGGUGGAGGCGGCUACUCCGGAGGUGGCGGUUACUCUGGUGGCGGCUCUGGAGGUUACUCUAGCGGAGGAUCUUCCGGCUACGUGAGCAGCUUCAGCAGUGCCGGAAGCUUCUCCAGCGGUGGUGGCUACAGUGGUGGUGGUGGUGGCAGUCUGCAAAAAGUUUCAAUCGGUGGUCAAACAUCUGAAGGACUGAAUGUUGAUCAGCAGCUGUUGAACGAAAUUCGGCAGAUUUUGCUCCGUGAAGAAAGUCAUAGCUCUGGAGGUUCGGGAGGAUUUGGAGGAGGUGCUCCAAGCGGAUCAUACGGCCCACCCAGCGGAUCCUACGGACCUCCAUCUUCGACUUAUUCCCGUGUCGUUGGAAUCGAUCUCGAGGGAGUGAAACAAGCCAUUCAGGUUGCACAGUAUCUGCAGACUUCGUCCGCGUCUGGUCCGUCUGGAUCCUAUGGUGCUCCAUCCGCCCCAUCCGGGUCGUAUGGUGCUCCUUCUCGUCCAUCCGGCAGCUAUGGGGCUCCAUUCUAAACGCAGGAACCAGAACAAUAGCGUAGCAAUUAUCUGACCCUCACGCAUGCGGAAAUCUAAACCGGGCAAACGAAUUACGGAAUAUGCGAUGAUAUUCAACGAACGUAGCGAAAAAAAAAAUUGUCAGAGACAAGACUUAGAACAUGCCACCACCAUUACAAAGAACAAAAACACGCACAUCCAACUAUCACUAUACUUUCUAACGGGUCGGAGCCCGCCACAAUUUCCGGGGGUGUCCUUCUCUUCCCUAUAAGCGAGCAGCGUUCAUCCAACCUAUACGGGUGAUGAAGCGAAGGACAGCCUGCGGAUUUGUUGCGACGUAACAAUCGAUGCUGUAGCCUUUGAUUUCAAUUCCACAUACAGUAACGAACCCCAAAAUAAGAUCUGCAUUUACGCCAACAACAACAACAACAUCAUGAAUGCAACACGCAUUGGCUACAGCAUCGUUUGUUCCAACAGGAGAGACGUCACGAGAACAACUUUUGUUAUUUGUUUUUUUUUUUAAAUCGUGUACAUACUUGAAACGUUUUAUCUCUCUUUUAUCUAGUUUACUUGUUAUAGUUGUUUUUGUACCGAGAAAGUGAAAACGUAACCGAGAAACAUAAAAAAUCAAAAAAAUAAAAAAAAUCGAAAAAUUUGUCACCGUUAAA